AUGUGCAACCAAGUCAGGUGUGCAUUAGAGGAACAUGGUUGUUUUCUAGCAAAAUAUGAUCAACUUUCACCUCAACUUUCCGCGAAAGUCUUGAGCCAAACCAAGGAUAUGUUUGAGCUUCCCAUAGAAAUCAAAUUAAGAAACACCGUUGAUCUACCUAAUCGUGGUUAUGCAAUUGAUAAGUUCCAAAAAAUGCCACUCCAUGAAGGCAUGGGAAUUGACAAUGCAAGAUUUGUAGAAGAGACUCAGAAGUUCAUGAAUCUCAUGUGGCCUGAUGGAAAGGACAAUUUCUGCUAUGGAACAGGGAAGCACUAUGCCUCUUUUGCUGCUUCUAACAGUCACGUUAUUAGAUUCCUCAAGUUUAUACCUCAAGAAGACCCUGAGGUGACGAAUAUAAGACUUCAACCCCAUAAGGACCUCAGCUUUGCAACUAUAGUUCAUCAGGUUGAUGUUGGUGGUUUGGAGGUAGAAGCAAACGAUGGCUCUUGGAUCGCGCUUCAACCUGAGCCUUCACACUUUGUGUUCAUGGCGUGCCAAGCAAUGCAGGGAUGGAGCAAUGACAGAAUAAAAGCUUGCAAGCAAAGAGUGACCGUAUCAGGAAACGAGGGAAGACACUCACUGGCACUGUUUAAUUUCAACAAUGGGGUCAUACAAGUGCCUGAAGAAAUGGUGGAUGAUGAACACCCAUUGCUUUAUAACUCAUUCGAUCACAAUGAGUAUAUUCACUUUUUUAUUCGCUCCUUCAAAAGUUCCAAAGACGCAUUGAAGCUGCAGUUUGAAAAUCCUUUGAAGGCCUUUUGUGGUGUCUGA